CUUCUCGCCUGUCCCGGUCCAAACGGGUGGGAAGAGAGAGAGAGGACAGAUUCCAGCUCCAGAUUCGUCCGACUCGUUCCGCUCCAGAUCUUCAUUCCGCCUUCCUCCCUCAGGUGACUGUUGUCCUUUGUCGUUUCUCUCACUUGUUCUCCCCCGAUGAAGCCGCUUCUGUGCCUGGUUGGUGCCCUCCUGGUGGCCGGUGCUGCUGAUGACGUGAAGCACCCAUCCUCCCUGCGCAAGCUGCAGGAGUCGACGGUAAGCAAUGCAUGACCGCUUGCGCUGCUCUCUAGGCCGCUAUGCAUGUGCAUUCGUGUGUCUGUCUGUCGCUGUCUUGUCAUGUGUGUCUGUCUGCAUGUGUCUGUGCAGGAGGGUGAUGACGAUCCUGAAGUGAGGGCUCUACAACCCGGCCACCACGACCACCACCAUCCCCCCCCAAGCAUCAAACCCGGCCAACACGACCGCCACCAUCACCCCCCAAGCAUCAAACCCAAACCCGGCCACCACGACCACCACCAUCCCCCCCCAAGAAUCAACUUCCACUCCCAUGAGGAUGACUGUGAUUGCUGGUGCGGUGGGGGGUUGCCGGGAAAAGAUACCCACGGUAGCCAGCGCACCUACAACUGUCCGUGCGAGUGUCGUCAUCACUGGCGUAUGGGUUGUGACUGCAAGUGUGGCCAUCACCACCACGAGGGUCCUUACACCCUCUAUCAUCCCUGCGACUGCACCUGCUACUAGUGUGUUGUGUACGUCGAUGGCAGUCAGGCGAUGUCAAUCAGGCGUUGCCAGUCAGUCAGUCGAGCUAUGGAGGGGAGAGAGAGAGAUAAGCCACAUGACGUCUGAGAUCCUACUGAUCUGAUCUGAUCUGAUCUGAUCUGCGGUGGUGUUCCAUUCACACAAGUACCUCGUCUCUGUUUGCCUGUGGCUCGUUUUGUUGCUGUUUGUGUUUCUGGCUGUUGUUGAUUGGGUCAAGGGUCAUGUGUGUAUGUGUAUUUGUGUACACCUUAUUUUGCCAGUGCCCCCC